GAUCAGUCUUCUGCCUUCUGCCGACCGCCACUUGUUAAGUACCGAGGACGAUUUGAUGUUGUCGUUGAUUCGCGUCUUCUACAUCCUUCUACGGUUUAGAGGUAGAAUGCGCUGAUUUUGUGACACCAGUUCCAAAAGCCGAUUUUAUUUUAUCCGGCGAUUGUUCGCAGUGGUGAAUUGAUUUGCAUGAAAUUAAUCGAAACCGAUUGAGGAAUGUGUCAGUCAUCGUUGGAUGGGUCAUGCUAACAAGACACUGGACGAUACAAUGCAGGAAGAGCGAUGAUACGUCAAUGAUUGAAUCAGAGCGAAAUGCCGAGUGCAGAGGUCUUCCGAUCCGACUCUAACCGGUCGGACGCCUCUCAAAGACCGAGGGUGUCCUUUAAUCGGGACGUUCACGUUAAAAGAAUCGUGCCCAGGGAGAGUCCAAGGGUGAUAGGCGCGGUUAAUGGAAUCGAUGGAGACAUUGUUCUAACUUCGCCAGUUCGAAAGGAACGCCUCAAACGGUCCAAGAAGGAAAUUGCCGAAGAAGCUGCCAAAGUGCUAAGGGAGGCUGAUAAGAUCGGAUGUAUUGCCAACGAUAGAGGUCCCAUUCCGAAAAAGUUCUACACGCUUCCAAGCAGAAAAAAGGAAAAAUCUGGCCAGAAAGACUAUCCGUCCCACUCCUUGGACAGGCGCGUUCCCAACAGGCGCGACUCGCUUGACCUACGCGGCCCUAAAAAGCCUCCGCGCACUUUUGCCACAGUUUCCAACGGUUCCAGCUGCUCCAAGCCGUCGAUCUUCGACAUCUUCAGCAAAUCGCCCAAGAGCCCCAAACCGAAGAAAUCCAGCCUCCGAAGGAGCGUCAGCGACGCCAGCGCUUUGCGCUCGAAAGCUUUCGGGCCUGAAAGCGAUGCUGAAGAGAUCAGCAAAAGAAUAAACGUUAAGAAACAGUUAUCGCCCAUCAUCGAAGUAACUCAACGGGAAGAUUAUUUUGCGCCGAACGAAGAGAACGAGAAAAACCCGGAGAAUCGCUCAGCAAGUGUAACCGAUCAACUGAAGAACUACAUAGAGGAAGUGGACGCCGCUCUAUACAAAGAAACGGGAAUUCGGAUCGCCAAAACUCCAUCACCGCAAAGGGAGCCUCAGCCCAUUAUAAUCGACGUGGACAAAGCCGAGAACAUUUCAAGCAGCAAACGGCACAAGCUGAACUUCAACUUGGGGAAAAAGCUCAAGUCGAUCACCCAGAAAAAGCCCAAAGCCAAUGAAGUUGAAAGGAAGCAUGCCCGUAAAGACCCAGCAGCUGUUAAGAGUGAGGAACUGAAUUCUUCAGCCGAUAAAAAGCCUACCGGCCUAGUGGCCCCCACUGUUAAGGAUUCGUAUCAGCCAGUCAAUCGGUCUCCAGAUAUGAUUCACAGUAGUCAGAAGCCAGUUGAAAAGCCGCCCCUUACUAAAGGAAAAGCGGUAAACUCGAUGGUAAAACGCUUGAGCAGCGACUCCUGUUCUUCGCCUCCUCCUGCUCGCACUAAUGUACUCAUUAUGCCCAAUAUCGCGGUGCAACAUAACAAUAACCAGCCAUUCUCAUACACGAGAGGCAUAAGUCCAGACAAAUGCCGAUCGAGUGAGGAUUUGCCUCGCGAUUCUCCGCCUAUCACUAAGCCGGUUAUCUAUGCCCAAGUGGUGUGCACAGCCAAUGGGAAACAGAACGAGAAGCUGACAGUGCAUAGAGCGUUCAAUGGACGGAGGCCCGCCCAGUCGGACUCUGAUGAAGGAUUGGGGGGCGAAGACAGUACGGGGUUCAAUCGGAAGUACGACUCCGAGAAGCUGUUCACUCACUUUGGAGAUGAUCAGUUCGAAAGUUACCAAAGCGAAACUGAGAAGCUGCUGGAUGAAAUCGACAAGUACAAGGCGGAAAGCCCCAUUCUGCCCAAGUACCGCAGCCCCGCCCGCUUUUCCAGCUGCAAUGGAAUCAUGGAAAGGGGGCGUGGCGAUGGGAUGGACUCCAAGAGGAGGGAGAGUCUCACUGAAGCCGACCAGAUGCACUCCUCCCCUAGUCGGGUGGAUUUGAGCGCCAGGCGCGACCUUCUGGAAUCCCGGAUCAACCGCAGGAUUAGCGACAAAACCACCCCAUCCCCGGAAUUCCACCCCACCAAACCUCCAAGAACCAAAGUGUACGUUUCGGAAAAGUCCUCCAAGUACUACAGGAACGGCUCCUCUAGUCCAGCGGGGUUUAAGGAGAAAUACAUGUCAGAGACCAAGGCUGACGGCUUUGGCGAAAGACACUUCCAGACUCACACUAAGAAAGUCUUUGGCGAGCCGCACGAACUUUCAGACACCGAACCCAAAAGCCUGGAGUAUCCACUCAGCGACUAUCGCUCCUCCCCGGAAACCCAACGUUUCGAGCCUCCAUUCACCAUCGAGAAUAUCAGCCGCUACGAGCAACCGAAACUGCUCAAAGACAAGAACAUGUAUCGAUCCACUCCCGAGAUCCACAACAGGACUUUGAGUACGGAUCGGAACGGAUCCUAUCACGACUCCUUGCCCAGAGAGGAGGCUCUUGAUAAGGGCAGAUCGCAGAGGUUCAGGUCGGAGACUUUCCUAAAUCGGGAGGAAAGUGACCGGAGGACGGAUCGUUUUGUGGAUUCGGGAAUUGAAAACGACUUUAGACGGGACAGUAGCGAGAACUACAGGCCUGCCAGGCCUUUGAGGACUCAUCCAGAUCUGUACAAUGAGAGUGAAGAUGAAGGUUUUGCCAGCUCUUUGCUGAUAACGAACGAAAGACAUCACACCGAAACCAGCAAUUUGCGAAAAUCGCGGAAAGACUACGAUUCCGAUAUAAAUUCGCGAGACGAAUUUUACCGGCAUAAAAGUAAAUAUAUUCCGCGAGAACGCAGCAUCGACGAUGGAUCUCAUUACGAUCCCCGAAUCGACAAAGACAUCGAACGACCGAAAGUGAUCGAAAAGAAACCACCAAAGCCGGAAAAGAAAAGCGGCCUGGAAAAAGUGAAAUCUCUGUUUACACGGGAAAAGAAAAAGGACAAGAGCAGCACUUUGCAGAAAGCCAAGUCCAAGCCAUUGUACGCCAAACAAGGAGCUGAUAAUGAGCGAAUCAGCACUCAAAAUGGGCCAAGCCCCGAUUAUAGAAACAGGCGACGCCUUUCCACGCCCAGUCCAUCGAGGGACGGCCCGAAGAAACCCGAAUCCACACACAGCAGUUGGUUCAAAUCCCUGGAUCGACUAACGAAAAGAAAGGAAAAGCGAAAUAAGGACGGAAACCUGACCAGCACAGAAGACGAGGGAAACGGACGCCAAACGCGAAUCUCCUCAUCCACCAGCAAUUUGCGCUUCUUCGGAGACACCGACCAGGAGUCCACUGGAGACAGCUUAAGAGGGGCCACUCUGGCUAAGAAAAGGCCGGGUUUGCGCAGCCAAUCCACUAGGGAGUUGCACAAUAUUUCAGAAGAAAGUCGGAAGGGAGCAAAUCUCGGUAGGAAGAGCGACGUUCUGCACAAAUCGCUGACGAACAUAUCGGAAACCGAUAGGGAACUGAAGGGCAGCAGGACGAAUCUGAAACCGCCAAUGUCCCCAACCUCCCGCUACAUGCACGACCGAGAGGACCGCAGAAGACGCAAAAGACCCGACAUGAGUUCCGUGGAAAGUUCAACUGAAGGCGACAGCAGCCAGCAAUCCCAAAGAAGCAUCGUGUAUCUUCAUGCGGCCACAGUGGGCGACAUCCCUGGACCUGAAUAUCUUCGAAACGGGCCACGGGCUGCUUCAAGAGAAGACCUCACUUCGAGCGGCUCCAGCUUCAUUCAGCCGCAAGUGAAGACUCUGAGUCGAUCGUUUUCGGUUUUGGCUCCUUGGAAGCCGCGCCAUCAAAAAGAGGCGCUCGACAUCGACUACACGCAAUAUAACAAAAAUGGGAAAAAGUUCGAGCAAAGGACGGCUCGGAACGUGUCGAAUCGCAACGACAACUCCACCCUUAAGCGGAGAGCGCAAGAAAACCGCAGGAACAAUCAGCAGUCGCUGAACAACAGAAACUCCAGAAGCAAGGAGAACUUGGCAGGGUUUAAGCAGUCCAAAGAUGAGAUUUUGCGAGGUUCCACAUCGACUCUUUACAAGAAAAAGGACAAACUGCCUCGGGAAAACUCCAGAUACAUUAAGGACAAGGACGAGAGAAAAAUGACGAGCAAAAGCCAGUCGGUGGAAUCGAUUGCAAGAAGAUCGCGGGGCGAAGCUCGCGACGUUUCGAGAUCGGUGUCCAUGCCCAGGGACACGGAAAAAACGGCCGGGUGGUUCAAAAAGUCGAAGAAGUCGAGCAAUGCGCAUCGGCUGUGAUUGAUAAUACCGGGGCUUUAUCGCCAUCAAGUGCCAUUGUAUGCGGCUCUCGCGAAUUUACCGCAGUUAAAUUUGCGCGAGAUUGAAAUCUGUUCCACAUGUGCCUUAUAUUGUUAAUGUAAUAUAGUUGCUGAUGUUUUAUUUCCUUUUCGUUACGAUGCACACCUAGUGAAAUGGAAAUAGAACUCUCGCCCCCCACCUACUUACGUCUAAUGUUUCGCGAUCAAAAUAAUCAAAUCAUUAAUUAGUGGUGCUAGAAAUGCGUCAAUCCAACUGACACCAUUGUUAAAAUGUUACCCUAUUUUUAUCCCUAAUUCUAGUUGUUAAAUUACUCUUUGUUUAAAGUGCUAUAUUAAUAAAUCUAAAUAAAAGUUAAUAACUAAUA